GGCAGGGCGGGCGGAGGGAGGGCGGGAGCGGCCCCAUCCCUUUGUACCUGCCGUUUGAAGGCGCCAGGCGGCCCCGCAUUGGCUGCGGCGGCGCGGCUCCGGUAACCCGAGCCGGCGGCGGGGCGCGGCGCACCGGGGCCUGGCCAGCGCCCAGCCCGGCAGCCAACGGGGCGGCGCUCGGCUCAGCCCGGCUCGGCUCGGCUCGGCUCGGCUCGGCUCGGCUCGGCUCAGCCCGGCCCAGCGCUCCUCCGCUCCUCCGCCAGCAGCCGGCUCUGCUUCUCCGCCGCUCGGCUCGGGUGCGCUGGGGCAGGGCCGCGCCUCCCUGCCUGGCAGGAGGUGGGACCAGCGCCGGCGCUGCCGCCCGCCUCCUCCCUCCCUCCUCCCGAGGGCUGAGCCAUUCCGGGAAGGCGCCGGCUCCCCCACCGCUGCUCGGCAGCGCAGCACCGGCAUCGGCCGCCGCCACGCCGGGCUCGGCCCCACGUCGCCGCGGAGCUGCGAGCGAGCCGCGGAGGAGCGGGACAGCGGCGGCGGGUGCGCGGUCUCCCGCGGUGGGGAGCGGCAGGCGGCGGGGGGGCGGGCGGGAGGACAAGUGGCCGGAGAACGGGGCGGGGGGAGCGGCCGCCGCGUAGUUGUUUUGCCCGGGGUAAGUUGGCCGAUCCCCGUCUGAGGCUUCGCUCGGAGGGGCAGCGCUUGGCUCCCGACUCCUGCCGCCCCAGCCCCCUUGGGGGGAGCGUCUUUUUUUCCUGCCCCCUUCCCCCUGGGUUGGGUUUUUAUAUUAUUAUUGUUAUUAUGGGGUCUGUGGGGGAGCAGAUCUUCCGCUCAGACGUUGCUCUUUAUCCUUGUCCAACGCUCUGCGGAGAACUAUAAUAUUUCUUCCCCGAGAUGCUGCAGUGAAUUUUAGUCCCAGGAAAUCAGGCGAACAAAAUAAUCUGAAUAACCCGAACCAUUUGUUACCGUGCGAGAGCAAACGCUGCCUAGGCACAGAUGAUGGCAAAAAAUUCCCUGGAAGGGUCUAAAGAAGACCUGAGCAAAAUUUCGGAAGAGGAGAUGCUGAGGUGGAGCAAGGAAGAGCUGGUGAAAAGACUGAGGAAAGUGGAGAAUGAAAAGAUGAACUUAAUGGUGGAACACGGCAACUUGAUGAAGGACGUGAACCGGCGGCUGCAGCUCCACCUGCACGAGAUCCGCGGGCUGAAGGAGGUGAACCAGAAGUUGCAGGACGACAACCAGGAGCUGAGGGAGCUCUGUUGCUUCUUGGACGACGACCGGCAGAAAGGCAAAAAGCUGUCGAGGGAAUGGCAGCGCUUCGGGAGGCACACGGCCAGCGUGAUGUGGAAAGAGGUGGGCAUGUACCAGCAGAAGCUGAAGGACUUGGAGGCCAGGCAGGAGACCCUCCUGCGGGAGAACGUGGAGCUGAAGGAGAUGGUGCUCAUGCUGGACGAGGAGCGGAGCGGGGCCGGCUCGCGGAGCUCCAUCGACAGCCAGGCCAGCCUGACCAACCUCAACGGCGGGUCGGCCACCCGGGACGUGGGGGACGGGAGCAGCACCUCCAGCACGGGCAGCGCCGGCAGCCCCGACCACCAUCACCACCACCUCCACCACCACAAGGCCGGCGACAGCAAGGCGGGGGCCAUGCGGAGGUCUAUGGAUGACCUGUCCGCGCCUCUCCACCACCGAAGCAUCCCCAACGGCCUCAACGAUUCGUCUUCCAACUAUAUCAGGCAACUUGAAACAAAAGUGAAACUGCUGGAGGAUGACAACAAGCUUCUUUCCCAGCAGUCCAGCACGGGGGACCUGAGGACUCUGAGGAAAGGGUUGUCUCCAUACCACUCUGAGUCACAGCUCUCAUCACUGCCGCAGUAUCAAGAUGCCCUGCAAAACGGACCAGCUCGCAUGACAUCUGAUCUUGCAUCUUCUCCUGCAGCAGGAUAUGUCCCUGUGGGUCAGAAGCCAGAGGCUGUUGUGCACGCUAUGAAGGUCCUUGAGGUCCAUGAAAAUUUGGACAGGCAAAUGCAAGACAACUAUGAGGAAGACCUGAGUGAAAAGGAGAAAGCGAUCGUUCGUGAAAUGUGCAAUGUUGUCUGGAGAAAGCUGGGUGAUGCCGCAAGCUCCAAACCCUCCAUCAGGCAACAUCUGUCAGGAAACCAGUUUAAGGGCCCCUUGUAGGAACAGCAUCCCGGAGACUGGAAGUGAUUGAUUCUGUGAAGACUGAAGAGGCAGAGCUCAGCGUUUCUGGCUGCCUGUUCUUUGGGAGUUGGGGUUGAGUUUUUUCAGGGUUUCCUUUUUUUCUUUUUCUUCCCCCAGCUUUUUUUUUUUUUUGUAACAAUAGUGUAAAUAUGGCAGCUAAAGGCCUGAUUUCCAGGCUGUGGUGCUCUGGAACUACUGUUCAAUGGGUAACCAUCCAAUAAUGCCAGACUUGCAUCAUUUGUAUUGUAGUUCAAACCUGCUUUGUUGUAAUGGUCUGUUUGUAGAAUUGACUAACUUGAGAGAAUUUCUAUGAGGAACAAGAAGAACCCUUAAACUGCAGAGAAGUCACAGUUUGUAUCACUCCUGUCCACCCGCUUGUCAGUGAUUCAUAGCUGGGUUAGUGGCUCCAGGCAGCACCUUCCAAGGAAGAUGCAACUUGAAUUCAUUGGCUUACUGCCUGCCAAGCUCCUGAGCUGCUAACACUUGCUUUUGGAGGUCCUUACUCAGAAGAAUGACAUGCAACUAUUUUCACAAAGCGCUGUGGAAAAUACUGAGUGGCGAGCUAAAAAACACUGGCACCACUCUACAUUGUACGGUGGCACUCACCACACAAGCCUACAGAAAGGCGUGAGACUCCAUAUCAGCUGUUAAUGAACUAUUUUUCCUUAAAUUGACACGAGAUUUCUGCAGUCACAAUGUGAAUGAAGUCACUUAGCCACACACCAGUAUUCCCUACAAACACGGCAACACUUUCCCUGUAAAGCUUUUACUACAGAGUAAUUCAGCAGAAACUGCCGUCCUCACAGUGCUUGUGGUGUUCACAGGAUCUUCGAGAGCAGCAAACCUUUCACAUAAGGAAGAUUCGGGUGUUUUUUUUAAUGGUCUUGCUGGAUCCUUUACCUAUACUGGUUCCUGUGUAAGGUAACUGAACAACAACCUUGCAGAGCUGAAUAAAAACUCCAUAAACACAGGCUGUCGGCUGAGACUACUUUCUGCCAUUCAAGCUUUAUUUUUGUUAAUGAACCAAAACAAGUGGGUUUUCCCUCUUCAGAUGGUUGUAUAUAAAACAGUGGGACUUACUUUCUGCUAUUGUGGAGUAGCUGCUUGUAUAGUUGUAAGAAUUUGCCCCCCUUCUUUUCCAAGUUGUCACAGCAGCUGUCCCUGUAUUUCAUUAGAUGUUCUUUCCCAAUAGUCCAAGGAAGCAGGGCUUGGUUGUUUUAAACUCAUUGCUGUAAAAUAAUUUUAAAGACAGGCCUGUGAAAAGAUCAAAGCCUCCUCUUCAAAUAUGCAUUGAUUAUAGUGAUUAGUUUGAAGCUUUAAUGACCUCAAA